AUUUGGCAAGAUAUAAGGCCAACGGACUUCCUCUGAGCCACACUUCAGCGUCCAUUGCACGAGCAGCGACACACGCCAGCAUGAAGGCUCUGAUUGUCCUGGCAGCGGUGGCGGCGGUGCUCCUGGGGCUGACGUCAGCGGAGGCUGAGCCCAAGGCUGACCCCAAGGCUGACCCCAAGGCUGACCCCGGUGGCAUCGGAUUCGGCCUCCAGGGGGGCAUAGGCUUGCGCUAUAAUGUCGGGUUCGGUCUGGGACACGGCCUAGGGUACGGCCUGGGCGGCGGCGGCCUGGGCGGCGGCUACGGCGGCGGCCUGGGAGGCGGCCUUGGCCUGGGAGGCGGCUACGGCGGCUACGGCGGCUACGGAGGCUACGGCAGCUACGGCGGCUACGGCGGCUACGGGCUGGGAGGCGGCCUCGGGUACGGCCGCAGGAAACGUGAGGCGGAGCCGACGGCUGAGGCUGACCCCGGCUUGGUCUCGGCCCACAAGAACCACCACCAGGAGAGCUUCACCGCCUUCAUUCCUCCCUUCAUUGGCGGCUACGGCGGCCUGGGGUAUGGCGGCCUGGGCUACGGAGGUUUGGGCUACGGCGGCUUGGGAUAUGGCGGCGGCGGCUUUGGGUAUGGAGGAUAUGGAGGCGGCAAGUUCAUUGGAGGCUACGGCCGCAGGAAGCGUGAGGCGGAGCCGACGGCUGAGGCUGACCCCACCUUCAUCAAGGCCCACAAGAACAGCCACCAGGAGAGCUUCAAUGCCUUCAUUCCUCCCUUCAUUGGCGGUGGUCUGGGCAUUGGCGGAUACGGCGGCGGCCUGGGCUACGGCGGCUAUGGCGGCGGCCUGGGCUACGGCGGCUAUGGCGGCGGCCUGGGCUACGGCGGCUAUGGCGGCGGCCUGGGCUACGGCAAGGUGGGCUAUGGUGGCUACGGCGGGUAUGGCGGCUAUGGUGGGUUCAGCAAAUAUGGCGGCUACGGAGGUGGCGGUGGUAUCAUCGGCUAACCUGACACCCUCGAGCAAGGCGACACUAUCACCCCCCAGACGAUACUACCUUAGAAGUGUUUUUCAUCAAUAUUUUAUUAUGUAAUUAUGAACAUAUUGUCUGUACCUCUUUUAAUAUAUAAACCCUUACAAGGA